AUGAUUGAACAGACUCUCGCCGGCAAGGUGGCCAUCGUCACCGGGUCAUCCUCGGGCAUUGGCGCGGCUAUCGUGCGAGAAUUGUCCUCACGCGGGGCUAACGCUGUCGUUAACUAUCCGUUUUCCGGGCUCAAAGCUGAGGCGGACGCCCUUGUUGCUUCGCUGCCCACUGAGGCCGUUGCAGUCGAAGCCGACAUGUCGAAGAUUGAGUCACCACAGAAACUCGUGGACGCUGCCUUGGAAAAGUGGAGCCGCAUUGACAUUCUUAUCAAUUGUGUCGCAUUGGCCGUGAAUAAGCCGCUGGAGGAACAGAACCUGGAAGAUUGGGAUCUGCUGGUGAAUAUAAACGGACGUGGGACUUUCCUCAUGACCAAGGCUGUUCUACCGCAUCUCACCAAGGGCGGUGGCCGAAUUGUAAACAUUGCGAGUAUCUCAGCCCGCGGGCCGCCGCCGAACCAGACCAUCUAUGCCGGCACGAAAGGCAUGGUGGAUUCAUUUACCAGGUGUUGGGCCAAGGAACUUCCUCCUAAAUAUGGAUGCACCGUCAAUUCCGUUAGCCCAGGACCAACCAUGACCGAAGGCUUUGCUGCGGCGGGGGAAGAGCAGAUGAAGAUUCUCCAGCCGACUAUUGACCAAACACCCGUGGGUCCGCGGAUGGGCCAUCCUGAUGAGAUUGCGUAUGCGGUCGCAUUCCUUUGCGAAAAGAGAGCCCGGUGGAUCAAUGGGGAGCAUAUGAUUGCAUCGGGUGGGUUGUUCAUUGAUUAG